AUGCAAUCCGAUCUUCUCACGCCACGGCCUCCAUGCGAGCGCGUCGUCCCUCCAAGCGAGGAAACCACCUUGGAUGAUGGCUCCAAUCCAGAGCUCCGACAAGGUCCAGCGAUCCUCUUCCUCCACGGCUUCCCCGAUCUCUGGUACUCUUGGCGCCGCCAGCUCCUCUCUUUCGCCGGCUUAGGCUACCGCGCGAUCGCCCCCGAUCUCCGAGGUUACGGAGAUUCCGACUCUCCCCCGUCACAUGAAUCGUACACCGUGCUCCACGUCGUCAGAGACCUCGUCGGGCUGCUGGACUCGCUCGGCGUUGACCGGGUGUUCCUCUUGGGCCACGACUGGGGAGCGAUCGUGGCGUGGUGGAUGUGUAUGAUCAGGCCGGAUCUGUUCGAUCUCCAAUUCUCUCUUCUUCUCUAG